UCUGGAGAGAUGAGAAGGUCAUUUUAUGUCAAAGAAAGCAAAGAAAAAAUUCAUAGAACAAAAGUUUUCAGCAAAAAUAGGCUGGAUCUCCUCUGAAAGUCGAUGAAUGAAUCAAAGAAUUAUUCCCAAUCAGUAGAUGUUAAGGCUAAGAAGAGAAGAGGAAGAAUGAAGUCAUUUAAAAUUGAUGCCACAAGAAACCCUAUCUCUCCUCUUCAAGCUGAUCUCGAUUGAGGAGAACUUUCUGCUCUCCAUAAUAAGAUAACUCUGGAAAAGGCCUUUAUAAAAGAUGAAAGAAAAUAUUCUGCUUUAUCCAACAAUGUUGAUAAGAUAGGCAAGGAUAUAGCCAAUGCUCAUAAGGUUCUUGCCAAUAUUGUUGGUAAAAAUACUCUCCAGACAUCGCCCAAGAAGACGAAGUAUAAAAAUUCCUUGAGGAACAGUUCUCUAAAUCUUGGCUUACAGACUAUCCAAGAGAAUAAUAAAACUAUCAGCAACCAAUUGUUAUUGCCAAAGCUGGAUAAGUCCUCAAAGAGCAUUUUUAACCAAUUUGAUUCAAAUGGGACUCCUACUCUUCGUAGAAUUAGAGCUGAAAGCAUGGCUGUUGGUUUGGAUUCUGAGAAAUUACGCAAUAAAAGAGGCACUAUCUGAUGUUUAAGUCCUACUAAGAAGAUCUCUAUGGGUAAAAACUCGUCAUGUUGCUUCUCACCAAGUAAGAAAAGUUCAGAUUACUUUUCCAAUUCUCCAAGAAAAUCAGCCACGUCUAAGAAGGACAUUGAGAAUAUGAAGCCACCCAGAAAUUUCAAAAUAUGACCUAUUGAAUUUAAAGACUCGAGUGUAAAUUUAUCAGAAAAACGUUUGCCAGUCAAAUCGACAGACUGGUAUUUCCAGGGAAAGUUAAAAUUUAUUGCUAAGAGAAUCUUUUGCCAUAAAUUUGAUCCCAAUGAAGACUAUUCGGUGAAGUCACUCGAGAAAGGAGUCUGAAGUGCUGAGAAAUGUAAAUAAAUGUGAUCCCUUUAAACAGUACUUGAAGCUCUUGAAGCGAUAUCUGAAGAAGACAGGUGUGGAAGAGCAGAGCAAGGUCAUGAACCAGUUCUCCUCUCUCGAGAAUGCACUACUCGUCCCAGGAAAGUACCGUAUUAAUGAGAAAUCUAAAUUUCUGAAGAGGAAGACUAAGAUAUCUCAUCCUUGUCUUAUUAAUAAGACUAAAGAUCUUAAGGAGAGAACUCGGCUAUCUUCAUCUGAUACUAUGAACCAAACUAGGGAUACUAAAGCCACUCUUAAAGGAGAGAGCCAAGAUAAGGUUAAGCCAAAGACCAAGCCUAAAUGCAUAAUCUGUGCUACACUCUCAUCGUACAAGAGCAAGGAGUGAACCCACACCAAAAAAAGUAUUAUCAGUCUAAAUAGUAAGAAAAACAAAGGCUAUCUAUACCUGAAGAAGUCAUAAUCUGUACCAUAAUCAACCGAGAAAAUUAUAAAUAGGAGAAUCAAAUCCUAGUAAAGGCCUGAAGGGUCCUUUUCAUUUAAAAAUCUUUAUCACCCAUCAUUUAUGAAAUUU